UGAAUACGCAAUGAGGUCCUAGCUGUGGCUGUGCAAAUAAAGAGAGAUAACGGGCCGCGAACAACGCGUUUUAAACACCCUUUUUUGUUAUGACAUAUUAGAGGAAUAGUUUAACGAGUGACUGACAGGGAUCCCAGUGAAGGAAUAUCGCUGUUCGAGCUGGGAGAAGGGCGACAUUUCCAGUUGUGGGGUGUGGAAAAGCCCGGGACGCGCCGUUAUAAACUUAGCCCUGCAAGUCUCCGAAGUGUCUAAAACAAGUGACUGUGGCAGAGGAGAAAGUUCGCCGCAGUUAAAGAUGAGCUUGUUGUCUGCCAUUGACAGCAGCACCUCGGUGUACCAGCCCGCACAGCUUUUAAAUUGGGUUUAUCUCUCUUUACAAGACACGCACCAGACCAGCGCUUUCGAUGCUUUCCGACCCGAAGCGAGUUCUGGCCAUCCGGAUCUGAGCUACAGCAAAACCCCUGCAGCCGAGCUCAGCUCCUCUCUCAGCUCCAACUAUAUCAACAGCUUCUUUCAGCUCCAGCGCAACGAGGCCUUGACUAAUGGCUUAUAUAAAAGCGUUUCUCCAUAUGGCUCUCUGAACAACAUCGUGGACGGGCUGAACUCUCUAACGGACCACUUCUCCGACCUCUCCCUGACCUCUGAGCCGCGCAAGCCCAGCAAGAGACCUCCGCCUAACUACCUGUGCCAUCUCUGCUUUAAUAAGGGCCAUUACAUCAAGGAUUGCCCUCAGGCUCGGCCCAAAGGUGAAGGACUGACACCUUAUCAAGGAAAGAAGAGAUGUUUUGGAGAGUACAAAUGUCCCAAAUGCAAAAGGAAGUGGAUGAGUGGAAACUCCUGGGCCAAUAUGGGACAGGAGUGUAUCAAGUGUCAUAUCAACGUGUACCCUCACAAACAGCUCUGUAAGCUGGCUAGUACAGUCUGCCAUGUUGAAAUUCAUUUUCAUUCACACGAUGUCCUCAAACAAUGUGGUCGUUUCCUGAACUCGGGGAGGAUGUCUUACAGCCAAGGUGGACUGAGAGAGAAGAUCCAAGGAUAGACACUAUGUCGCUAUGGUUAUGGUUUCUAUUGGGUGAUUACAUGAAAGUGUCUCAAUAAUGUCCACAUAAAAGUCCAGUAAGAAAACUCUACCAGAGAUUCAUUUAAACAGCAUUCAGAACUGCUUCCAUCAGUCUCCAAUUUAAUGUCUUGCUCUGGGAGUGCGACUGACAUCUUGUAUGAGCAGACUAGAAGCAGAGGUGUAAUUCUACAGUCUCAAAGUUUGCUGCUUGACUGUGCUCUUCUCCUGUUUGAAGGUAAUUCAUUCUAGUUAUUAGGCACAUAAGCCAAAUGCUUAAUCCAGAGCGGUAUCUGAUAUUCCCUAAUAUUAUCAUUCACAAAGCUCUUCACUCUUGAAUAAACACUCUAGUGUAAUUCUACAUUGCCUCCUCCCAAUGACCCGUGUUAGCCUGAUUUUCCAUCAUUUAUAAAAUACAGCUGAGACACACUGGAAAGAAUAACAGGGUUAUGAAAGGAUUCAGCAGCAGCAAUGAGUGGGAAAACAAAUUAUUGUGGAGGUAUUGUUAGUGAUCAACAGCCAAAACCUGCUGGCUCCCACACAUAUUCUCAGGGUCGUUUGCAUAAUUUCCAAGAAUAGUAUUCACCUUAACUGUCAUGCUGGCAUGAAACUUUGUAAAACAAGAGUAAAUGUACAAGAGAGAUGGAAUCCUGAAAUGAUUUCCAAUACCACUGAAAUUGUUUAAGUGAUCAGAAUAUAAUCUCCAAUACCAGUUUUAUGAUGUUCGACACACCCUGUCUGAUGGAUCCAGACUGUGGUUUGAAAGCUGAACUCACAUGAUUUUCCAUAAUACUGGUCUUCAAGGCCUCAUCACCAUUUUUAAAGCAGCCACAGCCCUAGUCGGGUAUUGAGGUGAAGAACGAUUUAUGGUAACCAAUUUGAACUCAACUUUGACCAUGAAUGGCGGUGUAUUCUCUUUUCCCAGCGUCCUCUGGAGAAGCCUGAUGGCCUGGAUGUUUCUGACCAGAGCAAGGAGCACCCGCAGCAUCUGUGUGAGAAGUGCAAAGUCCUGGGCUACUACUGCCGCCGAGUGCAAUAAAGACCUGCAGGUCUGUGCCCACUGCCCAUCUUCCCUUGUGCCCUACCCACGAAGAGCUCCAAGAAAAAGUGAAAUGUGCCAAAAUGUUCUUGUAAAUAUCGCUAAUGCAAUUAUGGCCUUAUGUAUCAAAAGUAUAAAACACAUUUAUUUGAUAUAUGUGUAUAAUUGAUGAUAGAAAAUAUGUUUUAGAAAGGCGUCACUGCCAGUAUUGAUACUGGGCACAAUGGGUGACCUUAACCUUGUGCUCUCUGACUGCGUGUUUACAGACUGCCGUUAUUUUCCCUGUCAAGUGAACUAUGUGGAUGUGCUGAGUGGUAAAGGUAUUAUAUUAGUUCAGUCACACAGGGCUGAGUAUGCCUUGCAAUAUUCUUUGGGUCAGCAGCACACCAAUUUAACUGUGAAUUAACAGGGGAUAUCGUACUAAUCAUCCCUGGCUUUUAUUUGCAUAUUUAUUUGUUUUUAUAUCGUCGUGCAAUUGAUUCAACUAAACUGGGAUUUGUAUGCACAUAUUGUUUAACCCCACCUCUUGCCAUUAGAAACUACUGUAGGAUAGAAUUGUUGUGUAAGAAACUUAGCUAAGUUCCUACUUUUGACGUCCAUGUUAUAUGUAUGUAUGUAUGUAUGUGUAUAUAUAUAUAUAUAUAUAUAUAUAUAUAUAUAUAUAUAUAUAUAUAUAUAUAUAUAUAUACACACACACAUAUAUAUAUAUAUAUAUAUAUAAAACGGCAUGCAAGAUAACUUAACCAAACACUACAGCAUUCAGCAGUCAGGAAGUUCCAGAGUUAACAUUUUGUAGGUUUUGUUUUGUUUUUGUUUUUUUGACAACAGUGAAAUGCAACAUACACAAGUCUUAGUCAUGUUACUGAGCAGUAGCACAUGUAGAGUCACAGUAUUCCAGGUCUGAAUGCUACAGGUCCUUUAUUCUGUUCAGGAUAGAAUCAGUAUUAGAACCUCCACGUAUCGUUGCAAAUGUGGGUACUGUUACAUUUAAGAUGUCAUGAUGUUUAAGGCCUGCUAAAGGCAGGAUCCUGACCUUUGUGUAUCUAUGCAAUCCUACAUUGGUUUUGUCUUCAAAUAGCCGAAGUGCCACGUUUAUGGUGUAUUAAUAGCAUUUAUUAGUGGAUCUAAAAGUACUAAGAUUAUGUGCUAAAAUCAGUCAGAUCAGCUCUGGUGUAUGCAUACUUAUCUGAUAUCUGUCAAGUUCUAUAAUGGUGUAAGAACUCCUUUUGAAUUUAUAUGACAGUUUUUUGAUACACAGGCUUUAGGGACAGUAGUGAUAUCACACACAAAAAAAAUCAUAUUUCAUCUCUUCUAAAGAUUUAUACAUCAUGGCUGUAUAAAAGCUUUGCUUCUUCCAAAUUACCAAUAGCAUUGGCAGGUGAUGGAUUUAGUCCCAUCAGUGCAGUGAUUUUUGGGAAAUAAUUGCCAGUCUAGAUGAAAUGGAGGUAACGUGGUUGAAAAGUAAGAAAAGGACAUUGUAUGUUAUAUUGAAAAGCGUUCAAAACGUCUAGAACUGACAAGACACGGUUUGGCUAUGCUUGAUCAUAGGAUAUCUUGGAAGUAUUUGAGGAAUGUAGUUUAUUGUAAAGAAUUUAUCAUGGGAGAAGGACAUAAAAUAUUACUUACAAGAUGGAAAGACUAUACUGUAGUUUACCUCUAUUUUAUAAGCAAUUACUUUACAUACUUAGUGGUCACAUCUGAGUGUGAUCAAAGAGCAGUUCGUAUUUUAUAAGUUUAAAUGUAGCUUUAUUUUGUAUAACAAUGGUCAUUUGUAGACACAUUUGUAAGCAUUUGCUGAUUGAAGUUAUUACAGGCAGAAUAUUAUCUUGUCAAAAGUCUAGAUGUACAUAUAAAGUGAAACGCAUUUCUUGAUUAUAUAGAAUGUGUAUAAUUGUUUACUAAACUUUAGAAGUCCUAACCUCAUAUAUAUAUAUAUCAGAGACAAACUGAUACUAUAAGAAGUAAACUAUGCCUGAAGGGACAAGUGUAAAACGCUUUAAGAGGUGAUGUGAAACGUUGAGAUUCCAGGAGGUAAAUGUCAUGUCUCAUGCUGGUCUAAGAUGUGAAUUUGAUGGGGCGGUAAAGUAACGAACCCAUUAGCACUGAAAACAUGAAACCAUCGUAUAUUUUUCCCUCCAUAUAAAACUGUUUGUGGUGCCUUGGAUUUGAUUACCUGGCGGUAAAUCAUCACUACAGUCUGCUGCCGGGGAAUCAGUAGCGAGAUAGAAAGAUCACAGUCUCAAAAAAAAAAGACAAAAAGCUCUGUGCACAAUCGGUCACACCAUUUCAUCAGUGUUAGUCUUCUGCUAGAGCUUCUUCAUUACUCAAUCAAUGUCGUUUUACUGUGGAAUCUUGUUGCUAAUAGCUCUUCUGUGCCCACAUUGGUACAUGGCAAGUUUUACUUCCAGCCUCAUUUAGCUUGGAAGCAGUUACACUGUGUUUUGAUCAUCGUCAUAGGAGAGCAGCCAGAGCCUGUUUUUUCUCAGUGAAAAGCCAAGACUUCAGUGUAAUCGCUUGCUGCUGAUUCCUAAAUGUUCACCACAAACCUGUCUGCAUCACUAUUCCUAAAUAAUAUUUUCCUCAGAAGUUAAUUUCCUGAUCUCUCAAAGUAGUUGCUAUUUACUCUCACGCACCCUUUCAGGCUUAAAGAUUAUACUGAUUAGGAGCACAACUUCCUUUGAAAAGCUUCACUGAUUUAUAAAAGUCAUAAAAAGAACAGAUUAUUAUGGCUGAGAUUAGAAUGACAUUUUUUUUUUUUUUUUAAGGCCUGUUAUUGACGUGCUCGUUUUUGCUCUUGCAGCCGGAGAGGCCUGGAGCGAUUGCAGAUAGUGAUGUACAUGCAUUUAUAGUACAAGUGCUUUUGCGCAUGUGUUUGUCUUGAAAUACGUAUACUUGACUUUUAUAGCUCACUUUCAGCAUAAAACUUAUUUUUGUGAACGAUAUGUGUAUUUUGGAAACCAGUAUAGAUGUGGAAAAUUGUGGAAAGCAGAUGCGAUUUUUUUUUUCCCUUUCAAAGAUACAAUUUUAUGUUUGCUUCUCUGUAUAUAUUCGAUGGCCGUCAUUUUUAAGUUAGCUCUUUUAAAACUUAUGAUGCAAUAUUAAAAUUGUUUAUGCGAAAAAGGGCAGAUUUUUGAGAUACAAAAGAGCUGGGAGUUUUUACAUUGUUUUACACUAAUCUUGGGUUUUAUCCUACAGAAAUAUUUAUGGAAGGUCUUUCUGCAUUUUCUUUUUCUUUUUUUGUAUAAAAAGCAACAGAACUACACUAUGAAGGAAAUAUUGAUGAUGACAUAUUAUUAUUCAUAAUAUAAGGUUGGUACAUAAUUAUUAUGCCCUUUCAAGCCAUUUUAUGUUUUGUUAUUUUAGACAUUCUCAGUAUAUAUGGUAACUUUUCAUACUACAAAUAUAAGUGCUUUAAUACGACUAUAAAAUCACCGUGUGUCUGCACAGAUGUUUUGAAUAGCAGUUCUAGGAAAGCAAUAACAUUGUAAUAACUAACACUUCAUGUAAAAGACUGACUCACACCACUGUAAGUCAAACUGUAUCAAACUGUGAGUGUUUUAAUGUCACCAGUUAAUGCCAAGUCAAGGAAUGAAUAUGAAUUUUCUUCAUAGUUUUUGAAAUCGAGAUUUGCUUAAUUGUGUGAGACAAAGAACUGUAGUUGAGUUUGCAUGUGCAUGUAUUUUAACAGAGUUAAUAAGUAUACUUUUGUGCAAUUUAUUAUUUAAUAUUAGUUCAUGUCAUUUCUUGGAGACGUGCUUUCAUAGAGUUCACCUCGCAAAUAACUGAUUGUUAUAAUUAAAUGCCUUUAUUCACGUGUAGAGUAUAUCGAUUAAUACAUAUUUACUGAAUGUACUGAUGAGUCUCUCAUGUGAUAAGUUAGAAACACAUGUUUAUGUUUAUAAUGUCUGUAACAUUUUUGAAAUCAUAUUGGAUUGGACGGAGCAACAGCGUGAUAAAGGAGGUUUUUAAAGAGAGAACAACUGUUGCUUAAUGUCCAUGAAAUGGCAUUCCGAUAUGUGCCUUAUUUGUUAGUUAGGAAAAUCGAAUACUUUGUGCUUUUAGGGUUUGUCAAAUUAAAACAUUGAAUCUAAA